AUGGCUUGCUUUCCAAGAGUGUCUUCCCUGGACAGGUUGCAUCGCUGGGGUUUACAAGUUCCCUUAACCUGUGUUCUUUGCUCAAACGGUGAAGAAUCCCAUGACCACUUGUUCUUCCAAUGCUCCUUCUCCGGCUCCAUCUGGGUCUCUUUGGCUUCUCGUCUUGGGAACAACCCCCCGCUUGGUCUCUUAUCAAUCUCGCAAUGGAUUCCUCUUCUCUCUAUGCAACCGAGAAGCUUUUCCCAGGCUGUUGCAAAGCUCCUUCUUCAAGUCUCAGUGCAUCAUCUCUGGAGAGAAAGAAAUGCCCGCAUCUUCAACAUGGUGACUUCCUCUUCUUCUGAUAUCAAGGCUCGCAUCGAUCGCACAAUGUGGGAUCGACUCCUCUCCUUCCCGGCUCGGGGUUCUAUUGCUACUCCUUCUCUGCUUGAGUUUUAUUUUGGCUGUUUUGCUGAUUCGUUGUAA